GGCUUUGGGAGUCCUACAUCAUUUGAUGGAUUUAUACGUUCCUAUCAGACCAGUAUGGAAGAUAUGUUAAUUCAUCAGCAUGAUGACAAAAGUGACAAAGGCACUUCUUUCUCUGAAUAUCGGCAAUCCAGAAAUUAUAUGUCUCCUUACAGCAAGACAUCAGUGAAAGACACCAAGAGAAAAAGGCGCUCAGCUUCUGCCAGAGUCUUUAGUUCAAAGUCUGCACUUGCUUCACGAUUACGGUCUCGAGACUUCAGUUCGACUGAAACCAAUUCGGUUCAAAGCACCAAUGAAGCUUCUGAAGUGGGUAGCAUUGCAUGCAGUAGUACAACAAUUUCAGGCCUUAAAUUUCUCCCUAAGAAGAAAAGUUCACCAAGUGCUCCCCCAUUUCAUCUUUGGAAUUCACAUUCUUAUUUAUCUUCAAGCAAGCAUCCAGUUUUGAGGAGACAGCCAUGCAUUAUUAAAGUCGUGGCAUACAAGAAUGGUUCAAGAAGUGUUUAUGCUAGAGUUGCUGCUCCAACUAUGAAAAUGUUAUUGGAAGAAUGUACCUUAAAGCUAAUGCUUAAUUCAGCAGCCCGUAGAGUUUUUCUGGCAAAUGGCAAAGAAGCACAUGAACCCCAGGACAUCCCGCAUGGUGCUGAUGUUUAUAUUUCAACUGGAGAACCCUUUGCUGAUCCAUUAAAAAAAAUUAAAGACCAUCUGUCAUUGAGCAAGGAAGCAAGUUGGACAAUAAAUGGCAUCGUAUUCCCAAAUGAUGCAAAACGUGGGAGAACCAAGCCCAGCCUCUCAAAACGUAUGAGAAAACUGACUGCAAAAAAUACAAUAAGGCUUCUAGUGUUUAAGAAUGGCACUGGGAAGGAUGGGUGUGAGGUCAUUGCUGCGGUGGAUCAAAUAGAAAAGUUUCUAGAUCAGUGCACUGUCAGAUUAAACCUGACCUCACCUGCUAGAGUUUUGUUCGACUGGGAUGGAAAACGAAUAGAAGAUAUUAGCCAAGUUCCAAUGCUUGACAGCUGUUUGCAGAAUUCCAUUACCCCUCUGCGAGGACCUAUCUGGGUCUCUAAGGGAGAAGGAUUUAGCCCUUCAGGAGCUAAAGUUUAUAUUCAAGGAGUUAUGUGGGCCUUGCAUGAGAAGCUGAAGCCUUCCAGGGAGUACAGUGAACAGCUAAACUGGGCUUUAGAUAACUGCAUCGAGAAAAUUACUAGAAAGGACAUUCUUUCGUUGACCACAGAAGAUUUGUACAAUAACAAAGAGAAAGUGGACAACUUGAUUGAUGAAUUGCAAGCUGCUAUCAAGAAGCACAAGGGUCAGCUCUUCAAACUUACCCCACAAUUACAGGCUGAGGAGCAGCAGUGCGCUGGCUAUGUGUAUCAGCACAUUAAACAGCUCUCAACGAGCGGCGGUGUUCCACAAGGCCUGCAGCUAAAAGUUUAUGAAAAUGGCCAAAGCACUGGAGGAAUUACUGUAUACCUUAAUAGAAAAGAAGUCGAAAGAGGCUGUGAAAAUAACAUUAAAACUAUGAUGGAUAGGUUACUUCAGAUGAUUCAUCAAAGACUUCAGUUUUGUACGGAUUAUAGUCCAUCUGGUCUUAAUCUCUUUCCCACUUGCCUUUUUGACCAACAUGGGCAAAAAAUACAAAACCCACUUUCUCUUCAGAAUGACCAAGAGGUUUGGGUGGCAUAUGGAGAGGACUACCGGUCACCCUAUAACCCUGUUGUGAAUGUAGCAUUUGACAGGGUCAUAGCUGUGCAUGAAGAAGAUAAGACAUGUGUGUACAAGAUGCCUCCAUGUGAUGUUGACCUACCAGCUGCUUAUGACAAGUGGGAAGCUUGCAUAGGAUUUCCUGAGAACUACAAUUACACUUCCCAACAGUUAGUUUAUCACCAACACAUCACUGUGGAUUUGCACUCACAUUUUCUACAACUGAAGGAGGAUCCACAAGUAGUUAUGUAUGCCUCUGUUACUGUCACCUCUAGAAGUAAAGGACCCUCACCAAAAAAGAAAGACAACGAAACGCAGAUGUUUACGAGCUGGUCUUUAACUCACAUUUGGAUAGUCACAAAGGCUGGAGUUUUCUUAAGCCGAGCUAUGCCACAGCUCUGUCUUGCAGCUGAUGACCAUUCAAUAACAUUGAGAACCAAAGAUGGGGCCUCUGUAGAAGCAUAUAAAUUACGAAUCCAGAAAAGGAUCAAAGGUUGCCCAUAUCAGCAGUGGGUCUUUGGAAAAGAUGGACACAUACAUUCAAUGGCCAACUCUGAGUUUGUCCUGACCUACCUGGAGGAGCUGAAUGUAAGAGAGGAGGUGACCCAGACAGAGGAGUACAAUCACCAAGGGGCCUGGUCCGCUGAGCAUCAGAAGACAGACAGCAGUUUUGCCAACAAGGUUUCAGGAUCCAAUGUUAGUGACACCAAUCAAACACAAGUUUCAAGACCCAUAGACACCCAGCCAAUGCCUUCAGGAGCCCCCGUGGAGAGUCCCCAGCUGACAGUGGCACUGGUGAGGAAACUUGAAGACAAACACCCCAAGGCCACAGCUCAAAGAUGGGCCAUCAAGCACGAGGGUACAGCUAAAGUAGGACAGUGGAAAUUUUCAAAAGUGGAGAAUCCAUUAUGGAAUAAAUUGACCUACAUGUGGCCUGUGCUGCCGAAUGGAGAUUUGAAUGAGGAAUUCAACUGGCCUCUUGAGGGUUCUUUAAUUCCACAUGCCCCACCACUCAGGAAACCAUCCAUCCUUCAUGCUCCAGAAAGUCACAUCCAUAUAAGAUUAAGGGUGUUAAGAAAUGGAGAGAAAGACCAGACGAAGGCUAUAACAACUACUGGACCAGAUAUUGCAAACAUUUUAAGAAAAAACCAAAAGUUUACAGGUAGACCAAAAAAGAAGAAACGUGACCAGAAGAAAUCUACCACUGAAGACCAUGAGGAGGACAGCGGCCAGAAGAUACACAGGCUGGAGUUUCAACAGUUCCUUGAAAGGUGUACUGUCAUUCUGAAUUUACCAUUUGCUGCUCGGAGGCUUUUUGAUGCAGAUGGAAGAGAACUAACUAAUCUUAAAGAUACACAAAGAGAUCAGCUGGUUUAUGUGUCCUGUGGUGAGAAGUUCAUUGACCCCAAAUUAUCUGUGGCUGAAUACAAGAAACGAAUUAUUCUCAGCAACCUGGAAUCAGAUAUUUCAUUAAUUCGCAACUACUGGGCCAUGCAUAGAAAUGAAGGUUUGGUUAUGCAGGUUGAUGGAGAGUUGGUACAGGGGGCUAAGCUGAUUGUAGCUGAGUGUGCAGUAAUAAGUGAAGAAGAAAACAAAGAAGAUCUUGAUGAAAUUGCAACACAGGAAAAAUAUAAUGAAAAUAAAUCAAGUGAAGAAGUCUGUAAAGAGCUAGAAGACUCGCAUACAAAAGCUCAUCGGAAAAUGGAGAAAAAAUAUGUACCCUUUAAAUAUCCCUGGCAAACAGAAACUCACCACUUGAGUGAUGAUGAUAACAACAAUGAUGAAAAUGCUGUUCAGAAUCACAGAGGACACAGCUUCACUAAUAAAGAUCUCUACCAUAAGUACAAACCCCUUCCUUUAUCAGUCAGAAGCCUACCAGUGCAUCGACAGCAGUUUGAGUUCAAAGAUGGGUACAUUUCAAAUUGCAAAGUCCCCAAUCUUGUUGUUGGAGUUUUAGGUGGUGUUGUUCAGUUAGGAUCAGAAAUUCAUUUGGUCGAAAAGAAGCCUGAUGAUAUUAACCAACGGUGGAUACCUAUAGAAGAGGACCGGACAUUUCACCUAAUGAGCAAUCCAGGUCUUGUUCUAGCUGUUGCUAUGCCAAAAAUAAAACCAGGAGAUAAUGCAACUGUGGUACAAGUAUCUGGUUGUCCCCUUGUUCUUCAGAAAUACAAAGCUUUCAGCUAUGGUGUUGCAAAUCAAAAAUGGGGCUGGAUAUCAGAUAUAAAAGUUCUGAGUGCAUUUUAUUCCACACAGAUGGAUCAAGAAAUCACAGCUGCCAACCAGGCAUCUUUAUGUACUUUCACUGUCUCGGGCAAGGAAGAGUUAGACCAGCAGGGCUUUUUCUUUUACACAAACCAAUCGAACACAAACACGAAGAUAACUGUGUGCUUAGCGUGUGCAAGAGCUUUAAGAGGGAAGAUCAUUUUGACAAAACUGCCUCCUGGUAUCUCAUUCUCCUGUGCCACUGGUUGCAAGAAAAGUCGCCUUAAUCCUUCAGGACCCUUUAAAUGUCUGAGUGUUGUGAAGACCGAUCUUUUUGCUUCUGAAGCCGAAAACACUCUCCGAUAUUAUGAGGAAAUAUUGAAUUCAUUGAGAAAGGAGACAUCCAUGCAAACUAUCUCUCAAGAAAUUUCUGCAGCAAGAACUCAACAAUCUGUGAAAAUAAUGGCCUACAGAAAUGGAGCAGGCUAUAAGGAUGGCCAAUUGAUCAUUGCAACUACGAUGCCAAUGCUACUUUCCAUGUGCACGACUAGACUUGAGCUAUCAAGUGCAGCCUGUAGAUUGUACACAGCUGAUGGGACUCCAGCCUUUAGGAUAUCAGAAUUAAUGGCAUGGGCUGUGAAUGAAUGCUUUCUAGCAAGCAACACAGAAGAGCAAGAGGAAAACCAAGAUUCUGAGCUAGCUAUUCAACAAGAAGAUGAUACUGCAAGCGGUAAACUAGCACAAGAUAUACCUGAAACCAAGCUGACUGAAAAAAGCAAAAGCCUAAAACCUGCAUUCAAAUCCAAGCACGUUCAUAUAACAUCAGAAACUCUGGAUAGCCUGGAUGAAACCCUGCUCACCCUUAUUUUAAGGAACCCAGUUGAUGUGUGGGUCUCAUGUGGAGAGCCUUUUCUUCCUUUGCAAGCUAUAGAGAAGAAGGAGCAGACACAAAAACAGAACUGGCUUCAUAAGGAGAAGGCGCUUGCAGACCUGGUUAAGAAGAGGCACAAAAUGAGACAUCUGGAAGGGAGGAGAAUCAGUGCAAUGUUGCCCUGUAGAAUGAUCCCUACUAAAAGCCCAGUUCAGCCGGUGGUUGUAGAAGGUGGCUGGAUGGAACCUUCUCAAGAAGAAGUGAAACUCAUGGAAGACAUUCAAAAUAUUGAGGUGCACCUUGCUGAGGUUCAGAAUGUACAAGGAAAGAAACAAAUCCAUUUUGUGCAAAAUAUUUCUGCCUGUGAGGGGGAUUUGUACCAUUUGCCCAGUGUCAAGAGAGUCUUGGUGUUUGUCAAUGGAGGAAAUCUAAAAGAAGGAGUGUUUGCCUGGGGGAAAAGUAUAGAGGAGCUCCUGGAUAGCUGUACUAUAAAAUUAGGCAUGAGGAAGCCAGCUCAAAUACUUUACACUGUGGAGGGCAAGGAAAUAAGCAGUAUGGAUGAAAUUGAGAGAGAUAUGCUGAUCUGUGCUUCAUCGGGGGAACCAUUUAUGACAACUAAAGCUAAAAAACAAAGCAUUGAAAUCAGAGCAAAUUAUGCCCGGGUUCGUAAAGAUGAAGGACCAGAAGCAACAGAUAUUGUUGUAAAUCCAAAACGGAACCCAAAAGUCCGAUUGGGUCCUCCUACCAGCUUUCUGGCUCUUCCACCAGCAGAAAACGUCUUUUCUUCUGCAGAUUUCUGAGAAGUAUACUGAGAGAGAAGUUAUACAGAAAUCAACUCAUAAUAAUCAAAAAAAAAAAGGAGACGAAAGGAAAAGAUGAUAAUCGUCAUGAUUCCUGAAUUAAAUAAAAUGAAGACACCAGUGGGAACAAAUGAUGUA